AAAAGCACACACCAAUGUUUACGGGCGAAAUGUGUACAAUUUGAACGUAGAUUGGCUACAUAUUUGAGCAUGUCAACAGUGCUUAACGAUUUGUUUACAAGUGAGAUGUGUUCUGUAUAUGUACACUCUGUGUAAUUACCAGGAAUAUUAAACACACGAUUGUAAAUUGUGGAAGUCAACCCAUAACGACUCAGAAAUCACAGAAGCAGGGACCAACAAAUAGAAACGGAUGAACUGUCAUUUAAGUGACCAACUGAACAUUGAGUCGCAGUAUUAUAUGUGUGAGAAGAUAGUAGAUGCUGCAUUUCUAUACAUGUACAUGUACAUAUAUUGGAAAUUUAUAACAUAUACAAGUUGAGAGUCGUAAAUUGAGCCCAAUAUCAACUCAGAUGCCAUUAAUAUUCUGAAACAUCUGCUGGUGUGAAACAGUUGGUUCCUGAGCUUGUUUUAACAGGUAUUUAACUAGACUGAAGUGGCCUAGUGUUUGAUGUUAAUUGUGAACAUUAAUUGCCACACAGGGUGAGGGGUAAUUUUCAGACUGUAUGUAUUCUGGUACAUUUCUCUGAAAGUGAUGUUAACUCGCUGCUUUUGUGAAUACAUUUACAUAAAGUUCAAAGAAUUGGAAAUACAAUACUGAAUAACUUACUGCUUUCGAGGUAAUUUAAGUGCAUUUGAUGAAUAUAAAUUGAAGUGUGCUAAUUUGAAGUGUCAACGCACUCAUUAAAAUCUUAGUUCAAUGUGAACUUUAGAUAGGAUUCUUUAAAAAAAUGUCAUCGGAUAUUUAAAUUCGCUUAGGAAUACCACUCAGAACUUAUACCACAGUAAGCAGUUAAAUUCACUUGAUUUUUCAGCUUUUGAACUUCAGUUCAAAAGUGUGUUACUUUGUCGAUUGUUGCUAAUUUGAAAAUUUAAGGAAAACUUGACGUGAAAUUAAAUGACUUGAAAAACUUGCAUACUGCAAUAUAUGAUUGACUACGACUAACCAUACUGAUUUUUUUGUUAAUAUGUUUGUUUCUGUAAUGUCGGUCAUGCCAUGCGACUGGCCCGACUAAGUCUAAAGAAAUCGUGACUUCGGCUACAUUUGUAUGUGUUUCUGAUCAUCUCAUGUGUAUUCAGACAAAAAUGUUAUUCGUUUGGAUGGUAUUGCUGUGGGUGUGCGAAGGGCGAUCAGGAAUGGCGGCCGUCAACUCGCAGCACCUGCAAAUGACUGAUGUGCCCUGCACAGUAACCUCCCCCUUUGAGUCACCCUUGAUAUCUGCACACCUCGAGAAGCUGGUAACAAGCUCCGGCUGCGUCACCAACAACACCAACCCGGAAACGGGGGCCGAGGUGCACGUCAUUCGUUUCCAUGGCAAAUUGGAGGCGAACGUAGAGCUCCGCCUGGAAGACCCAUAUAAGACAAAUUUUGACAAGCCAAUCGUUGUCGUGCUGGCCUCUGAUGUUAAGGUGUUCUGGCACGUGAGGAUCCAGAAUCAGCCAGAGCAGCUUCAGCAGCACACCUUCAUUGUAUCACACCAGUCAGGAUUCAGGUUUGCAAACAAGAACAUCCGUACGCGUCCCAAGAUAAUCAAGCCCAAGACCGUGCCCUUUGAGACCUCUGACCUAGUGACCUGGGUCACCAGCAAGUUUACCACGGUGACGACCUACACCUCCCUAGAUGGAGGUCAAGAGGUGACAUUGGACAUUGGGAAAGCUGUCAUGAUGCCCCAAGCACUGGGCCAGUCCUCAGAGUGCCUGAAUAAUCUGAUGCAGACUGGUACAGACCAGCAGUUGGCUGCCAGGGCGACCCAGUCUGUACAGCAACCACUCACAGGAUGUCAAAUCAGGCACAGAUUUACCCCAAACACUAAGAUUGUCUACGUUAUCGAGCUGAAAAAUGUUGACACACGCACCCCGCUGAGGGUGGACGUCCACUUGACCCUGGAGAGCAAUCCCGAGCCUGAGCCCCAGACGGAGGGUCAGCAGAGGUUCCGGUCUCGCCACGGCAACCAUGGUCGUCAGGGGCAGCAGGACAAGUCCUUCUGGUUGGUGCUCAAGUCGCCGCCGAACGUUCAGUGGUACGCCCAUUGCAAGCAGAAGGACGGAUUCAUCGCGAUACUGCACAACAGUGAGAGCACUGUGGACGGGGAGGGGCUGAAACCUGAGUACGAGGCGCGGGUGGAGCUACUUAAGGAGUCUGGCAUGGACCUGGUGCGUUGGGCCUCCUACUACCUCGACUCCGUGGCCCUCUACACCGCCGUCAACAACAGCAAUCGCAUAGAUAUCAAAGUGCCGUACAUUGUAGAGCAGAAGUUGGCCCCUCGACAGAUAAAGGAAGUCCUGAAGAAUUCUAUGACGCUCGAGUGUGACAGCGAGCAGGUCACCGUGGCCGUUCCAAGACGUGAACUGGAGAGCCUGCAAUUGAAAGUCAACGACCUGACUCUGCUAGACAGCAGUUGCACAGCGGAACGCAACUCCACACACGUAUACAUCAGCUCCCAAACGGGUACUUGCCAAACGGUGACCAGUAAAAUUCAUUCAGGCAUUGCACACAGUAAUGUGCUGGUGAUUCGUACCCCUUCCUCGGUGACAGACCAUGACGUGGAUGAUGACAGUAUCUACGGUAGCGGCAUGGAAGACAUCUUUUCUGGGUCGGGUGACGGGGGGAUCGUGGAUGAUGAAGAUUUCACUGCACGUAGCAUGAAGGUGGAGUUCACUUGUGAGGCCGCUGUCGACAAGCGCACAUCACUGUCACCAGCUACGGUGUUCACUCUGCACAUGUAUGACAACUCCUUGUUCAUGGCCCCUAUCAGCGUGUUCCCCGUGACAGUAUCCAUGACAACCAGCUCCCUAUACGUCCAGGCCCUUGCCAGCGCUGACCCCACACUGAGGGCCCACAUGCUGAACUGUUGGCUAGGGGCUGACAAUUCCGACAAGAAGCCAUUUGUCCAUAAACUGGUCGAAAAUGGGUGUCCAGUGGACCCCAGUGUUGAGUACCUACAGAGCGGCAUACCCCAGUCUGAGAGACUCAGAUUCACGAUGGAGAACUACGCUCCUCCCAGCAGUAUCGGGGUUCAUGUCCGUCUUACAUGCGAUGUGUCUCUGUGCUGCAUUGUGGGUGACUGCGGGGCAAAUGACUUCCCCAUGUGCCAGGACAGGAGCCGUGGUUGUCAUGGCAACACUGUACAUAGCAAGACAAACACUGCGAGCACAGAGAUUUCACUUGGGCCUGUCAUACUCACGCAGAUUUCUACAAAAUAUCAAGAGCCCUCAGUGACCCAGGUCACUGACUCUGCGGGGUCAUCAAGGUCAGGGGUCAAAGAGGGGUCAAGGUCGGAGCCCGUGAUCAUCGAGGGACUGGAGUCGGGGACGGUGAUAGGGAUUGCGUUCGCAGCCUUCAUCAUCGGGGCCAUGAUGAUGGGGCUUCUCUGGUUCAUCCACUCCCACUCAGGGUCUUUGUUUUCAUCAGGUCCGUUCAAACAGAACUCAGCUGCUCACAACAACAUGGAGAAUGACGAUGUCUACGUAGAGACAACUCCCGGCUCCUCCGUACCGAUUUCCACAUAGUCAAUUACCUCCCUUGACAACAGAAUGACCAAGUCUACCUCCUCAUCAGCCACUUGACUUCUAGGCACUUUAGAAAGCGUUAAUAGCUGCCAUCAUGUAGAAACGAUCGUGUCGUUUACUGAAGCAUCAGCAUUAAGUCAUUUUUUAGAACUUUUUUAAACUGCUGUGGGAAGUGGGGGUUAUUUAUUUAGCUGCAUGACAUUUUCUUGAAUAUUUUCAAUUUUUAAAAGUUAACUCAUUCAUCAAGGGUUUUUUUGUAAACGAUGGUGCCAUUAUUUAUAAAUGUUCCAUGUAUUAAGACAGCUCAGGUUAAGGUUUAGCACUUUGCAGGGAUUCUAUAAAUAGUCUGCUUCUAAUAAUAACUAGUAUUCCCCCAUGAUGAUACUAUUAUUAAACGCUCUGGGUCUAUUUAUAGUAUCAAGAAAUCACACAUCUGCCUUUCUGUAACUGAGCUCAGAAGUUAAUUAAUAUUACCUCAUUUACAUCCCAUUAAGUAUUUAUCAAAAGGGAAAAAUACCUUAACAGGCCAGUUUUCAUUGUUAAAUGUUUGUGUAUGUAUAUAUAUUGAACAUAAAUUUAUUUAUUGACUUAUUUUAACAUUUAUUAUUACUGAAAAUGUUACUUUGACCUCUCAAUAGAUCAUCUAUAAAUGAUCUUGCCAAUUCAGGUUAUUUAUAAAACAGGUGUUAAGGGGUGUUAUAUGUGAGUAUUUAAUUUUGUUUUAUUGUUGGGACAUGAAGCCCAAGGGCCUUUGAAGUGUGAAGAAGCAUAAAGUGCUACAGAUGUUGGUGUUUGAAGUAAAGACUUUUUGAAAUUUGUCUUUACCUGUAAUUACCACAAAAGCUUGAGUAGAUCAUGAUUGAGUUGAACAUCGUAAAGGAUUGGGUUUUUGAAAACAGAAUGAUGAUAUUGUGAAGUGUUCAGUGAAUUUAUAUAACAAAUUUACUUUAUUUACAUGGUGUAAAUGAAGUGAAAUGAAAUGUAUCAAACAUUCAGUUAGUGUUGAUAGUGUACAAAAAAUUGACAAAAGUCAAUGACACUGAGUGACCACUUACCGUGAACAUGUUUUUAGCAUGGAUUUGAAACUGUUCAAAUCUAGUGUGUUUUUUCCUCAGGAAUCUGUUGAUACGUGUGAAAACAUAAUGAUCAUCUGGUAUGUGUGUGUGCCUCUGUUUGGAGAAGUGUCUGACUUCACCUACCAUCUUAGGCUGGAUGAAUAUGGAGGUUUUCAGAAAGCGGACAGCAAAGAAAUAGGAAAAUUCUGCAAAAAAUGUCUUCGAUUAUCACUCUACAUUUAUGGCUAAAAUAAUAGAUGUUGAUGGUCAAGAGCAAGUGUUUUAUAUAUGAUGAUUGUUACUUGCAUAGCUACCAAUAAAGUUGUAACUGCAUAAUGUAUAGAUUAACCUGGUAAUAAAUGUUCAUAGGUUUGGAAAUGAAUGGAUUUUUUCUCUUAGACAUAGUGGCACUGUAUUAUGUCAAUUUGGAAUAAGACAUCAAACUGGGAAUGGACAUCAUUUUGGUGAUUUUCUCAAACAAAACUAUUCAUUUCAUGAUCUGAAUUUAUUUUUGUAAUAUUUUAUCUAUACUACAAGCUUAAUUAGCAAUUUUCCAUGACUUUUUCAUUAACAGUGAUUGUAUUUUCAUCAUUUUUACUGUAUUUUUAAACAGUGUCCAUGCGCCGCAUGUACACAGUUUCAUUUCAUGAGGAUUUAAAAAAAAAUCAAUAACAAUCCAGUUUUGCAGUAAAAUUAAUUUAAAUGAUGCUAUUAUAUAUGCAAGUAUCUGUUUUUAUUAUAAUUUGUCAAAC